AUGAAGAAACUUCUGCUGGUUGAUGUUGAUUGUGGUGUUGAUGAUGCUCAAGCUAUUAUGAUGGCCCUGGCAUCUCCCAAUGUCGAAGUCCUGGGGAUUACUUGCUGUUAUGGAAACAGCAUCUUGGAAAAUAUAUGUAAAAAUGUACUUCGUGUGUUACAUAUUUGUAACAAGCUUGAGAUUCCAGUUUAUCCUGGUGCCUCAUCUCCUAUACUUGGUGGACCUGUGGAAGGGGCAGAUUAUCAUGGAAAAGAUGGACUGGGCGAUGUUCCAGAUCCCAACGCUCCAGGAUUAGAGCUUCUGCAGGAAGAACAUGCUGUGCUUGCAAUGUUAAGAAUAGUCAAUGAACGACCGGGUCAGGUUUCUCUAGUUGCUAUGGGUCCCUUGACCAAUUUAGCGCUGGCCGUGAAAAUGGACCCAACAUUUCCUAAGAAACUUAAAAAUGUGUUCAUCAUGGGAGGAAAUACGGAAGCCAGAGGAAAUACUACAGUCUGUGGAGAAUUCAAUUUUGCAACAGACCCAGAAGCUGCUUACAUUGUCUUAAAUGAGUACACCUGCCCAACUUACAUUGCAUCAUGGGAGUUCACAUGUUCCUGCCCACUAUCCUGGGAAUUCUACCAUGAAUGGGUUAACCAGAAAACUGAGAAAGCUAUGUUCAUGAAGAAAAUAUUUUCUCAUUCUUUUGAAUUCUCAAAAAUCUUGGGGGAAAAUCCAGGUGAAAAAGAAUGGCGUUCAGGGUUUGUUCCAUGUGAUUCCUACGCUAUGGCAGCUGCCAUCGAAGAGAAUUUUGUAACAGAAUACACAGCAAUUGGUGUAACUGUUGAGCUCAAAGGUUCACUAACAAGAGGAAUGAUGGUAGUGGACUGGAGUAACAAACUGAACAAGGAGAACAAAGCUUUCAUAAUGAAAAAUUGUGAUUUAGGGAAGUUCCAGUCCCUUCUGCUAGCUGCUUUAAAAUAAUAAUAAUAUUUUGUAUUGUUAUAAGGACUUACUGAAGUUCCUUCCUCAAGCAUACAUAUAAUGGGCAUCCUGAUCUCUGAUGUUGCUAUCCAAUCAGGUUUGUGUUGCAAUACCUAAAAUUACAUUGCGGUUGUUGAUUUUUUAUUUUUUUUAAAAAACACACCAAUCAAGUGGUAUAUUAAUUAUAUGAAAACAAAAAACAAAAACAAAAAAAAUCAGAAGCCACAUCACAAAGGGGUUUUCAGCCUCCUUUACUAGCACAGAACAUAUAGCUGGAAGAGGGUGAAAGAUACCCAUCCUCUGGGACUCCCAAGAUUUGGCUCUAAAAUAACUCAUUUCAUGACACUGGCCUCCAUUUGAAGAGUGAGCUGAUGGCAUAAUGCAGGGAGCUAAGCCAGUUGCAUAGCCAGAGCAAUAUUAGGUUGGUAGGCAUCAACACUGCUGCCAUUUGUAUUGCUUCUAUUGCUGAAAAAAAAUAUUGUGAAAGGUCCAAAUUGAACUUGCACCACUGAGAGAGAAUCCAUAGGACUUAAGACAUCUCGCGAGUUACCUCAGAACGUUAAAAACCCAUGUUGUCUGGUAGACUGAAAUAGAUGCUUAGUUAUUUAAUAUUGAUUUAUCUGCAAAUAACGGGCAAAAAUUCUAUUAGGGAGUAGUGAAAUUAGUAUACACACAUUGAGCACAAUCUAGAGAAAAACAAGCAUGGUUUUAGAAUUACUUUCACGGAAUAAAUUUGCCAUUAGAUCCAAUAAUGUUUACAUUAACUUUCAGAAAGCACACACCAAUUAUUUUACACGAUAUUUUUUUGUGUAAUAGCCACAUAGAAUAAACUACGUGAAAUGCUGGAAAGUUUUGUUAAUUUAGAAGCACAAGGGGGAAAUAAAUUACAUGAAUAUGCUACAUCAGCAUUGACAGAAGGAAAGUACAGUCAUACCUUGGGUUACAGAUGCUUCAGGUUGCAUUUUUUCGGUUUGCGGACCACCGAAACCCGGAAGUACCGGAAUUGCUCUUUGCGCAUGCACAGAUGUGCCGCUGCAGGUUGCACACACUGCGGGUUGUAAGCGUGCAUCCCGCACGGAUCACGUUCGCCACCCGAGCGUCCACUGUAAUGCUGUAAUCAUUAUGUUCAUGUGUACAGAAUCAGUUAAAUUAAUAAACCACAUCUACAGAUCUGA